AUGCCGCAGCGAGUGAGCGCCGUGACGCUCUUGCUAAACGACGAAGCGCACGACGUGCUGCUCUGCCCCGAGACGCCAGUGAAGGAGCUCCUGCAGUGCAUCACCGCAGGCUUUUCGUCGCUCCGCUGCGACACUUUGAAGACGCCCGUGGCGCUGCAGCACGUUGCCAGUCGCGUGUUUUAUCCGCUGUCGCUGCUCUGUCGCUGUCCCGAAUUAUUUGAGGCUGACGCGUAUCUUGUGGUGACUCAAGACACGACGCAGAGACGACGGGACGAGGUACAGGAGACGAAGCCACGACGUCGGCGAGUAGGUGCUGCUACUGCUACUUCAGAGCCCGCAAGGGCGAUCGAUUUGUCGGACUUUGAGCUGUUGCAGCUCAUGAAUGUGUUUACGCAAUCAUGUCCCACUGGCGCAUUGGAUCGACGAACAUUCGAGCGGUGCUUGGAAAAGAUCCUGUCGCAGUCGGGACGCUACGAUCCCCAGGCGCGCGACAUGUUUACGCGACUCUUUUGUCUCUUUGCUGCGUUGCAGAGUCCACCUGAUGAGGUGGAGGUCGUGGACGUGGUGGAAUUUUUAGGCGCCGCGUCGGUUUUUGCAGCCGGAGAAAUUGAUGAGAAGAUUCAACUGACGUUUGAGCUCUACGAUAUGGACAAGGACGGAUUUUUGACGAAGCCAGAGAUGACCAAGUACCUGACGGCAGUUUUCCAGGUAAUGAGCCAUGUGUCGCCAGAGCUGUUCCAACAGAACGACGUGGAUCCAGAAAACUUGGCCAUUGUGACGACAAACCAGUGCUUUGCUGAGUCCACAUUGAAUCGCGAGGAAAAGUUGUCGUACGGAGCAUUUCGAACAUGGUACUUGAAGCCUGGACCUACACAGCUCGCUGCUGCUAAGUGCGCCAACAACGGAGCCAGCAAGAAUCGCGCGGCUGGUUUUCAGCCGCGAAGAGGUGUGGAUCUAAUGACUCUGCGCGAGACCACAGGUCUGUCGGCACUCAGUGCAUCUGAUCUUUUUUCACUCGUCAGUGCAUCAUCAACUCGAUCGGAGGAUGGCACAAAGACAGUACUUACGCGUACCGAUUUGAAGAAGUGUUUUUCUACCAUUAUCGAUAAACUAGAUCAGGAGACCAUCCGUGAGGUCGACGAGUUCCUGGAUAGGCUUUUUAAUGUGUUCGAUGAGAACGCACGCGGGUUUGUCGACUACGUCCAGCUAAGCAGUGGGCUGUCGGUGCUCAGCGGGGGCUCGAACGAAGAGAAGGUGAUGGCAGCUUUUCUACUUUUUGACACCGAUGGCGACGGGUGCAUCACGCAGCACGAGAUGGAAGUGUAUCUAACGUCAGUAUUUCGGGUUAUGUACGAGGUCCCGACUGCUGUAACGCAAACAAUUGGGAUCGAUGCAAAGUCUCUUGCGCGCUACACAGCGAUGCAAGCCUUUGAGAAAUUAGACAUGAAUCGUGAUGGGAAGUUGUCACUGGAUGAAUUUCGUUUGUGGUUCUGGACACAUGGGCAACACCACCAACAGCGCCCGACGAGUUCACCACCAAAGUCUCAACAUCGGUCGGUGGUGCAUGAUAGCUCUGGGGUCGGAACAGCUAGUUUUGUCGCGUCUAUCACAGGUUUGUGCGACCGAGCUCCCAGCGACGUGUUUGAAGUUAUUGCUGCCAAGGUAAAUGAAGAUGGUGUCUUGUCGCGCGAAGCGUUUUUUUCAAUUGUUGAUGAACUUGUCGAGGAACAUGCAGCGAGAGUCAAGCACAAGCUCAGUGCUGAGGAGAAAAACCAGCUGCAGCGGAUUAUCGAGACUGUCUUUGAUGACUUCGAUACCGACCACGACGGUUUUGUUGACUUCUGCGAAUUAUCCAGCGGCAUCUCGGUGUUAUGCAGCGGAUCGCAAGAAGAGAAAAUUAAGUCUGCGUUUACUCUUUUCGAUGUCAAUGAUGACGGAUGUAUAUCGCGGGAUGAAAUGGAAACAUACCUGGCGUCUGUGUAUCGGAUAGUAUUUGUGAUGUCACCCGCCAUAUUGAGGCAGCUUGAUGGCAUUUCUCCAGAAGAGCUUGCACGAAUUACUACAGUCGACGCAUUCAAACUUGCUGACGCAAAUGAGGAAGGUAAUCUGAGCUUUGAAGAAUUUACGAAAUGGUAUAGCACUCAGAGCACGUCUUUGAUACCUUUGCAUCCGGACGAAGAAGCCACGCCUUUCGCCAUCAACGACGCUCUCCCACUUCUUCACGUUUCUUUAGUAUGUUCAAGAGGAGUGCUGAAUGAAAUGAAGGAACUGACUAACCUUGGCACGUACGACGGAAACGAUGUUUUUGAGUUAUUCCAAGCUUCUGCUGACCAAGAGGGCAACACGUCGCGGCCAGUUUUCCUUCGUUGCUUCAACAAACUGCUAGCAAAAGACUGGCAAAUCAGUCGAGAUAAACAAGUUAAGACACAACAGCUUCUUGAAGAAAUUUUCGAGCUCUUUGACGUCUACAAGAAUGGACUUGUCGAUGUCCAGGAGCUUGGCGCUGGACUGUCAAUUCUUUGUGGUGGGAGUCGAGCAGACAAAACUAAUGCUAUGUUCACGCUGUACGACGUCAACCACGACGGCUACGUAUCCCCAGACGAAAUGACGUCGUACCUGACGUCAGUCUUCAAGAUAAUGUUCAAAGCAUCCCCGGAGCUCUUACUAAAGACAGGAAUGGUGCCGGAUCAGCUCGCAAGAAUGACAACGAGGGAAUGCUUUGGAGCAUUUAACCACAACCGUGAUGGGCGAUUGAGUUUCGAUGAGUUUAGGGUUUGGUUCGAACAGCAAAACCUGCAUGUUUAUCAUCAGCCAGAACAUGUUUUAAACGGCAGCAGCAAUGCAUUUCUUAAGCGACGUGUUCAGUCGCCUACGUUGAGCUCAUGCGAUCAUUCUACAACCAGUGUAAUUCCGAUUGAAAUUGCGCAGAAGCUGUCCGGCCUAGGGGGCAUGUCUUUGGACGACGUGUCCAAGAUUUUUGCCUCGGCCACUGGCGGCGGCAGGCGAAUCUCGCGACGCAUAUUUGAUGAGUGUUUCUACAUGCGCAUCUGCAGCACGCACAUGCCGAUGCUAUCCGCAGGUGACAAUACUCGAUUACAUGAAGUGAUGGAUCGAAUCUUUUUGUCGUUUGACGUCGAGCAAAGAGAAAUCAUUGACUACAACGAGCUUAUGAGUGGCCUGUCCAUUCUCUGUAAAGCGUCCAAUCGGGUCGAAAAAGUGUUGGCUGCAUUUAAGCUCUACGACACAAACGGAGACGGCGCGAUAUCAAAAGAUGAAAUGAUCCAUUACCUCAGGUCGGUCUUCAAGUUGCUCUAUGGUCUUGACCCGACACGUCGUCAGCUGCUUGUUAUUCCAGCCGAUGCUUUGGCAGCGGCGACAGUUGGCCACAUAUUUGAUGUCGCCGAUGUGGAUCACGAUGGAAAACUUAGCUUUGAAGAGUUCCAAAAGUGGUAUGUAAAGCCGGAACAGGUAUCUUUUACUGAAAUCGUGGCUCCUCUUGAUUUACACAAUGUGCGGCAGCUGACUAAUCUUGGCAAUCUCGACGUUGGUGAAGUAUUUGAACGUUUUGCGGAGCACGCAAACGAAGACGGGAUGCUUAAUCGGAUACCAUUCGACAAGUGUUUUUCCGAAAUAAUUGAGAUGGCUCACUCACGGACUCAGAUCGAGAAGUUGCGUGCAAAGAUGGUAGCAAAUCGUCUAUAUGACGUGUUUGAUCGCGACGAGAAUGGACAGAUUGACUUUAGUGAGCUGGCUAGUGGUCUUUCCGUUCUUUGCAAAGGAGAGCAGGAUGCUAGAGUUAAGGCUGCGUUUCGCUUGUAUGAUUUUAACGCUGACGGAUUUAUCUCGAAGGCGGAUACAAAACGUUUUUUCACGUCUAUCUUUAGGGUGAUGUACGAAGUGCAGCCAGAAAUGCGGCAAGAAACUGGAAUGUCGGCUGAGGAACUUGGCUCGGUAACGGCCGAACAGGCGUUCAAAGAAGCAGACUCCGACAAUGACGGCAGACUUAGGUACGACGAAUUUCUGAUCUGGUACACUUCUCAUGCAAAAGCUGGGAUCAGUAGUUCUGCAGCGAAAGGUGCUGUUGCAAAAAAUCCUUUAGUUCGUUGGAUGCCGCUGAAUGAAAUGAGACGGCUUACAAAUUUUGCUCAAUACGAGCCUGACGAGAUAUUUGAAAUCUUUGCCGAAGAAGUGGAUAAAAACGGAUUGUUAUCGCGAGAUGCUUUUAGCAGGAGCUUUCGUAAAGUGUUUGAUGGACGGUCGUCUCAAACGGAGAGGGAGUCCGAGCCUGAAAAGCAGGAGGAGCUGCAAGAGAUAGUGAACAGCCUCUUCAGCCUGUUUGAUCAUUCUAAGAACGGGGCUGUAGACUUUGGAGAGGUUGCAAGCGGGUUGUCUGUGUUAUGUGGCGGAACGAAUGAUCAAAAAGUGGAGGCAGCUUUUUCCCUGUUUGACUAUAAUGGUGAUGGAUUCAUAUCACUGGAAGAGAUGACGCGGUACCUCACGUCAGUCUUCCGGGUACUGUUCCAAGUAGCAUCGGAUGCUCAAUCCCUUGGUGUCACUCCUGAUGAACUGGGACGAGUCACAGCCCAGCAGGCUUUUGCGGAGGCUGAUCAAGAUCAUGACGGACGAUUGACACUGAAAGAGUUUCAGAGUUGGUAUCAGCAGCCCGGGGGGAUCGGCGAAGUUGCUAAAAACGGAGAACAAUUAUUUAGCCUGACUGACGCUCAGCGGCAAACAGCUCCGCAAGACAUUUUGUCGAUAGAGGUGUUUGAAAUUCUUGCUGGCUACGCCGAUGAACAGGGCUACGUAUCGCGAGAGGCGGUUGACGAGUGGUUCCGAACGUGCAUCACAACCAACCAAGGUAUGAAUCCAGAAGAGCGCCAGCGAAUGACUUUCAUUCUUGACCGCCUUUUUGGACUCUUCGACAUUGACAAGAACGCUAUGGUGAACUACAGUGAGAUUUCGGUUGGACUGUCAGUAUUGUGUGGCUGGUCUUCCGAGGAAAAGAUUUGUUCUGCAUUCGCAUUGUAUGAUUACAACGCCGAUGGGUACGUCUCGAUGGAAGAAUUGGUGCGGCAUCUUGCUUCUGUCUUUAGGGUGUCAAUGAGGGCUUCGCCUACUAUAUUGCAGCACUUCGAUUGCAAGUCCCCAGAGGAGCUGGGCGAACGUACCGCUCGACAGGCGUUUGAAGAGGCUGAAUUGGACUAUGACAGCCGUCUAAGUUUUCCUGAGUUCCGUAGAUGGUACGCUCAAUCAAGCGCUGCGGCAAUGGAUUGUCUCAUUCAACAUAACAUCCCCGAUUGGCUGUUGCUGUGUGAGAUACAACACUUGAUGAAAUUAAGCUCGCUCUCGGCGCAGCAGAUGGUAAGUACGUUUGCUAAUUUUGUGCCCGCAGAUGGCACCAUGGAUAAGGAAAUGUUCAGACAGGCUUUUAAACACUUUCGAAUCGGGUAUGCGACUGAUGAGGAAACAGAAAGGCUGCAACUGUUGGCGGACCGAAUAUUUGCUCACUUCGAUAAAGACAAUGAUGGGUUUGUUGAUGCUAGCGAAUUGACUAGCAGGCUGUCAGUACUUUGCGGCGAAAGCUGGACGGACAAGCUUCGCACUGCGUUUAGCUUGUGUGACACAAACUCCGACGGACGCAUAUCGCUGGGUGAAAUGCGUUUUUAUCUCGCUUUGGUCUUUAGAGUACUUUUCGAGGUGAAGCUGGACAAGGAGACACAAACGGGCGUGACGCCUGAGGAAUUGGGCGAAAUUACAGCAGAACAGGUUUUCGCUAAAGCAGACCUCGAUAGGGAUGGUAGUCUUAACUUCGUCGAAUUCAGCCAAUGGAUGGUCCAGCACCAGGUACCGGAUACAGUAAGCUUAGACGUCGUAAAAGCGAUGACAAAUCUGGAAAAGUUUACGGCAGAUGAAGUGUUCGAAAUUCUUGCAAAAUGUUGCUCAGACGAUGGAACGCUAUCGCGUGAGGUUUUCGAGGAGUGUUUUGAGCAGCUUGUGGACGAGCAGUACAAAACUGAUGAGACUAGCCUAGCGCGCUUGCGACUUGCCCUCAACAGAUUAUUUGUCAUUUUCGACGAAGGCAACAACGGCAGUGUCAACUUCUGCGAAUUGGGCAGCGGUCUGUCAGUUCUUUGCGGUGGCUCACGGGAGGAAAAGACGAGGGCUGCGUUUUCACUUCUCAGUCCUGAUCACGAUGGUUUUGUUUCACUGGACGAAAUGGUACGCUACCUGGUGAGUGUUUUUAAGGUACUAUACGAGACCAGCCCCGGGACGUAUGAAAAGGUUGGUGUUCAACCGGACGAGAUGGCCAUGAUCACUGCUACGCAGUGCUUUUCGGAAGCGAAUCUUAACGAAACCGGUAAAGUGAGUUUUGACGAUUUUGUAGCUUGGUACUCUACAAUGCCCAGAUUCGAAGCGUCUGUAGCAGGCAUGGGUACCAGUUUUCUUGCCGGACUACAUAACGAUCGACAAUGGACGAACGGUGAAAUUUGCGUGAGGCAUGAUGGUGACGAUUUAACUUCACCUCAAACUGGUAAAGACGGCAGCUUUCACAAUAGAUCGCCGCCCGAGUCCCCGAUAGACACGGUGCUGGGAACCGGUAAAGAGCCUCACUCGAGCAACGUUAGUACCGCACUUGCUAACUUCCCGUCCAAUAAGAUCUGCGGCAUGACGGGAUCGAACGGCGAUGCGCUCCUAUCCCCCAACUCAGCGUCUGCGCUGAACAUGAAUAGCUCAGAUAUGGAGCACGUCCGACAGCUUUUGAAGUUGGACACGUAUGAGGUCAAUGACGUGCUUGAAAUAUUCGCUGAAGCCUCACCAUCUGGUGAGCUACCGUUCGUAGCGUUCAAGAAGUGUUUCGAUCAGAUCAUUCGACUGGCAGGAGGACACAAUUCCCCGGAAGAACGCCAUGAAGCUGAUGCGAUGGUUCAUCGACUCUUUCGCGUGUUUGAUUCCGACAAUAACAACACUGUCGAUUUCGGCGUGCUCGCUAGCGGGCUCUCGGUGUUAUCAGGAUCCAGCAUGGAUGAAAAGGUUCGAGCAGCGUUCCAACUGCACGAUAUCAGUGGAAACGGGUAUAUCACACAGGAAGAAAUGUCCAACUACUUGACGUCAAUUUUCAAAGUGAUGUAUGAGACAACUGAUAGCACGAAGACCAAGAUGGGCGUAUCACCUGAAGAACUCGCUCGUGCAACAGCCAAGCAAUGCUUUGUGGAGGCGAGUCUUAGUGGAGACAACAAGCUCAGUUUUGAAGAGUUCAAGAAGUGGUGCACUUCAGGUCUUUAA